ACGCCGACAAAGCAAGGUUGAAGCCCGGGGAACAUUCUCAUGGAGGGGCGACUGCCCCACCCAUGUGAAGCCUGAAGAACCACGAGUCUACGUCAAGGAUGGCUCCUCGCCCCCACAGCAUGAUCCACUCUGAGCCACGGAAAGCCAGCAGCCCAUGUGCUCCCUCAUCCACAUCACAUCAGUGUUACACCCUGCCCAUCUCUUCCUGCAACCCCCUCAUUCUGGCUUUGCCCGUUCCUUCCUCUCUCGAGCAGCAUUUCUGCUUUCUGCGUCUAGGCUCUAGCCUUUUAUUUGCUUUGCAGAGAAGGUGCUCCUUUCCCCACCCUUAUUCAUAUGAGUGAAUGAAUGAACCAGUGGAUCUCUACAAGAAGAUUGGAACCGCUUGAAUCCUCUGGUCCUGUUCGUCCUUUGGUUUUCCUUUGUCCUUCAUCGCCAUAAUCAGUGGUGUGAGAGAUUAAGCUUCUACUUCUUGCUGUCCAUGUCACUGUGGGAGUAUGAAGAAGGUGAGCGUGUGGGAGGCAAAGAGUACAGCAACGGCCUACUAAAUUUAACCAAGCAUGGCCUGAGAAUUGAUGGGUUUCAGAGGAGAGACCAGUCUUGGUAUGUCGCCACAGAUAUUCCGAGUGACUUGCUGGUUCAGGUGGGAGAUGUCACCUUCCAUCUUCACAAGUAUCCCCUGAUCUCUCGAAGUGGAAGAAUAAAUAGGCUGAUAUACGAGGGCAGGGAUGCUGAACUGGGUCGAAUUGACUUGGAAGACCUGCCCGGCGGCGCCAAUGCUUUCGAGCUUGCGGCCAAAUUCUGCUACGGCAUCGCCGUCGACCUCACCGCCGGUAACAUCUCCGGCCUCAGAUGUGCAGCAGAGUACCUGGAAAUGACAGAGGACCUGGAAGAAGGCAACCUCAUCUUCAAGACUGAAGCCUUCCUCAGCUACGUGGUCCUCUCCUCGUGGCGGGACUCGAUCAUCGUGCUCAAGAGCUGCGAGCAGCUGUCGCCAUGGGCAGAGAACCUUCAGAUCGUCAGGAGAUGCAGCGAGUCGAUAGCCUGGAAGGCAUGUGCAAAUCCAAAAGGAAUCAAAUGGGCGUACACAGGGAAGUCAUCGAAAAGCUCCAGCCCGAGAUGGAGCGAGAUGAAGGAAACCAGCCCCAGCAGAAGCCAAUUGGUGCCGCCAGAUUGGUGGUUUGAGGACGUCUCCAUCCUCCGCAUCGACCAUUUCGUGCGGGUGAUCACUGCCAUAAAAGUGAAAGGCAUGAGAUUUGAACUAAUUGGUGCGUCCAUAAUGCAUUACGCAUCCAAAUGGCUGCCUAAUUUGGGAAAGGAAGGAGCAACAGCAGUAGCAGCAGAGGAAGAUAACAGAGACAGCCCUUGGAAAGGUGGACCUCUGCACAUGAUCGUCGCCGGAAGCACUGAAGAUGGGAUGACUGGACAGGCUCGUGAGCAACGAAUGAUUGUGGAGAGCUUGAUCAGCAUAUUUCCACAGCAGAAGGACAGUGUCCCCUGCAGCUUCUUGCUGCGCUUGCUCAGAAUGGCCAACCUCCUGAAGGUGGCGCCGGCGCUGGUCACUGAGUUGGAGAAGAGGGUAGGGAUGCAGUUCGAGCAAGCCAGCCUCUCGGACCUCCUCAUCCCCUGCUACAACAAGGGGGAGACAGUUUAUGAUGUGGACCUGGUUCAGAGGCUGCUCGAGCACUUCCUUGUUCAGGAGCACACAGAGCCAUCCAGCCCCAACAGCCAAUCCUUCAGCGAGAAGCAUGUGGGCUACGAGGGUGCCCUCAUGGCGCACCCUGCCGGAAGCAGUGCCAAGAUGAGGGUGGCUCGGCUGGUGGAUAGCUAUCUAACAGAGGUGUCCAGAGACAAGAACCUGUCUUUAACCAAGUUUCAGGUGCUAGCAGAGGCCUUGCCGGAAUCCGCUAGGAGCUGUGAUGAUGGAUUGUAUAGAGCCAUCGACUCUUACCUUAAGGCACAUCCAAUGCUCACAGAGCAUGAAAGGAAGCGUUUGUGCCGGGUGAUGGACUGCCAGAAGCUCUCCAUUGACGCCUGCAUGCAUGCCGCACAAAAUGAACGGCUGCCGCUGAGGGUGGUGGUUCAGGUACUCUUUUCAGAACAGAUCAAGAUAAGCAAUGCCCUGGCAGCCAACUCCAUGAAGGAAGGACCGGAGCCUCAGUAUACUCCCAUGGUGCCGACCAGAAAGACCCUGCUCGAGGGCACACCACAGUCCUUCCAGGAAGGGUGGGCUACAGCAAAGAAGGACAUCAACACCCUCAAGUUUGAGCUGCAGACCAUGAAGGCCAAGUACAUGGAGCUCCAAACGGACAUGGAGAAUCUCCAGAGGCAGUUCGAGAAGAUGGCGAAACCCAAGCAGUCAGGAUCAUCAUCCUCGGCGUGGACUAGUGGAUGGAAAAAACUGAGUAAGUUGGCCAAAUCCUCAGCGGCUGAUGGACCUGAUAAUGCAUCUCAGGCUCCUGUUCAGGUUGAUCAAACCCGGAAACCAAGGAGGUGGCGAAAUUCCAUAUCCUAGUUCAUGUCCUGCUGUAACCCCACUCUUCUUUAGCAGCCGCUGCUUUUUCUUCCGUCCUAAUCUUCUUCUUCUUCUUCUUCCGAUUUGAAUGCAGUCUGCUCACAGAAUUAGGCUUUGGAUGUUUCCCCUUCUUCUUUUCGAAUCGUGUUCCUCUUUUUGCAGAAUUGAAUCUUAAAAUUACGAGUCUGGUUUCGUUUGUGA